AUGUUCAAAUUAGGUGCGAAAAGGGUUCAUAUUAAUGGAACAUUUCAAAGAAAUAUUAUAUUCAAUGCCGUUAGGUUUCAAAGUCAAGCUGUUAAACUUUCAUAUGAUUUGAUAACCCCGACUAACAACAAUGGCAAUUUAAAGAAGAAUCCAUUGGUAAUAAUGCAUGGCUUGUUAGGGAAUAAGAUGAACAAUAGAACCUUAGCUCGACUUUUGAAGGACCAAUUGAGCAAAGCUGUAUAUCUUGUAGAUCUGAGAAACCAUGGUGCUUCGCCACAUAUUUCACCCCACGAUUAUGAUGGAAUGUCUGAUGAUAUUUUAAAGUUUAUUAAAGAUCAUGAAUUGGAAGAACCGAUACUUAUAGGUCAUUCGAUGGGUGCUAAGGUUGGUAUGGAAUGUGUUCUUAAAGAUAAAGAGAGUGCUUCGAUAUUGGUAUGUUUGGAUAAUGCCCCUAUAUUUACUGCUCCGAAUGGAAAAUAUGCACAAUAUAUCACUAAAUUACAACAAAUAUGUGCGAACGCUACCAUACAAACAUUGAAAGAAGCAGAUGAUAUGCUAAGUACAAUCGAACCCAACAAAUUUAUUAGAGGGUUUCUAUUGACUGUAUUGAAGAGAUCAAAAAAUAAUGAAGGGCAAUGGCAAUUUACUUCUAGAGUACCUUUGAAUAUCGUUAAGGACGCAGUAAUAAAAGGUAACAUAUCUGGUUGGACACUUGAUGCCCGUAACUAUAGAUGGUGUAAACCUACUUUGUUCAUCAGGGGCACAGAAUCUAUCUAUAUUGCUGAUGAAUAUAUUCCAGCAAUCGGAUUAUUUUUCCCUAGUUUUGAGAUUAGAGAUGUUAAGGCAGGGCACUAUUUAAAUGCUACAAAUCCUGAUGAAUGUGCAGGUUUAAUCACCGAGUUUGUAAAAAGACAUGAAGAAUAG